AUCUCGAGUCUGGGCUCGUCGAAUUUGGAAGAGAUAACGGCGAGAGCAGCCCCCCUAUAUUCUCCAAUAUUCUACAAGAGGACACCAAGAUUGAGAGGGCGUACAUCCGUUAUUGGUAGUCUUUAGCAGCUAUGUCAGAACGGUUCAUUCGAUCAACAUCCGCCACGGUUGAGUGGUUAAGGUUAUGUCUUGCCAAUUCUCGUCAACCGCCGUAGUUGUAUUAUCGUCACCCCUCUUCAUACAUCCACAGCCAGUCCUUGUGCCACUCAAGUGCCGAUAUCGUGGUAAUUAUUUCAACCGAGGUGACUGGAUAGGUAGUUUAUAUUAUAACCGAUUACUACCACCAUCAUGCGUGGAGAUGUGAACUGUCAGUACAUCUGUAAUCCAUUGAUCCAUAUAUUGAUAAUGAUGUGGUGUAAGUAGCUCCCCACUCUCGAGGAUUGUUCUGAAACCAGAGAAAUAAAUGAAACAAAAUCAGAGACGAUGGAAAGUCCUCGUUAUACAUAUAUAAACAUGAUAGUUUAGAAAAAAAACCAGGAAAUAUAGCUUGCGUGUGUUUAUGAAAAGUCGGGAUCAAUCAACCAAUAUUUAACACGAAGUUACAAUGUCGUCCGGAUACAUCACAUUCGUGGAACAGUUUCAAAGAGCUUCUUUUAUAGAGCUUUUCGUCUUUUCUAUCCUAUUGUCUUUAGGACUAGGAAUUGCCAACGCGCUUUAUAAUGCCUUCUUCCACCCACUAGCCCCUAUACCGGGUCCAAAGCUAUACGCCAUCUCCCCUCUUCCUAUAAGCUGGUCCAGAGCGCAAGGAACGCUACCCUACAAGUUUGCUGAGCUACAUGAGAAGUAUGGCCCCAUUGUACGUGUCGGCCCCGGCGAGGUAUCCUGUGCUGGCCCGACGUCUUUCAAAGACUUGUACGGUCCGCGCUAUGGUAAAGGUGGCCCCUUGACCCGCGAUUCGCGGGCCGCAACGGUGAAAGAGAAGUUUGGCGCCGUAGGCAUGUUUCAAGCUGGGGUGCAAGAGCACGCUCAAAUACGUCGUCAGCUCAACCCGGCAUUCUCUGAAAAGGCCUCCCGGGAACAAGAGCCCCUCGUCAUGGGAUACAUCAACGCUAUGAUACAGAAGUUACGCAACGCCUCGGCCGGAGGAGAUGCUGUGGACAUAGAAAAGUAUACCAUGUGGGCAACUUUUGAUAUCCAAGGAGACCUGGUAUUUGGCGAGGAUGUUUUCAAGUGCGUUGAGAAGGAGCAAUACCACCCGUGGAUCAAAAUUAGCAUGGCCUACUUCACAUCAGGGGUUUAUACCCACGCGCUCAACGACAUAUCGCCUUGGGCACUUUGGAUCUGGCAGAAGUUCUUUAUUCCAAAAAGCUUUGCAGAUGCGCAGGAGUAUCAUCUUAGGACUACUCUAGACUUAGUGGACAAGAGGAUGGAUACCAAGGAAACAGGCCACCCGGAUUAUAUGUCGUUCAUUACCAGCGAAAGCAAAGCCGGCGAAGUGCUCACGAAAGAACAGAUGUAUGCUAAUGCGCAAAUGCUAGUCACAGCCGGAUCGGAGACGGUAGCAACAGCCUCUGCUACUACGCUCUUCCUCCUGCUCACCCACCCGGAGGACAUGGAUCGAGCCAAACGCGAGAUCCGGUCUACGUUCAGAUCGGAUCAGGAUAUUACCGCCGCUUCCGUGGUCGCUCUACCAUAUCUCAUCGCUGCAAUUGACGAAUCCAUGCGAGUCUGGCCGCCAGUCGCGACAUCUUUCCACCCGCGAGAGGUGUUCUCUGGGGGGUGCGUUGUAGAUGGAUAUUUCAUACCUCAAAGCUCUAUGAUUGGCAUCCAUAACCAUGCUAUUGGUCGCCUGGAGAGAUAUUUCAAAGACGCGAAAAGCUUUGUCCCUGAACGUUGGCUAGGCGACGAGAGGUAUGCCAAUGACGUGAGAGAAGUCUUCCAGCCAUUUAGCUCCGGACCAUUGAACUGCCUCGGGCUCACGAUGGGACGCAUGGAGACUCGGGUUAUACUCGCCAAGCUUAUUUACAGCUUCGAUAUCGAAUUAAUGCCCGAGUGCAGAAACUGGCUCGAUAAUCAGAAGAACUAUAUCGCUUGGCAUAAGCCUCCUCUGAUGGUAAAGUUGACUGCGGCAUAAUGAGUGAGUGAACGCAGGAUUGAUACCUAGCGGCAAGGUUGGCGGACGGUUUCUUUUUUUUUUUUUUUUUUUUUUUUUUGGUUACAUGACCGGUAUCAAUGAAGCAUGUGUACCCAAGACCAUACCGUAUACUGCUGUCUUCGGCGGCGUGCAUAUGUCGAAUCGUGGACGAUCUCGACGCCACAUGCUCCAUUAGUAGAUUAGGUACCUACCUACCUUACCCUACCUUAAGUUAGGUACCUGUAUCUAACUUAUCCUUCACGAAGAGCAACUCGUGUUUUAACCUAGCUUGACUAGUCACUAGGCACC